GUUAUAUUGUUGCUUUGAAAAUCGCAAAAAGUGGGAGACCAUUUACUGACGGUGAACUUGUCAAAGAAUGCUUAGUGGAGUGUGCAGAAAUAUUGUGCCCAUCUCCUGUAAGACAAUUAGUAUGUCCGAGCAAACAAUUUCUCGUCGGAUACCUGAACACAGCGUAAUUAGCUGUUUUCGUUAGAGGUGUCGAAAUAGUUUUUACUACCACCGACAAACUUCUAGACUUCAUCCCGCUCAAAGCUACAAUGGCCGGAGAACAUAUUUUUGAUGCUGUAGAAUACAC